UGGAUUUUGAACGAGACGCGGUUAAAUUCAAACGUGAUCGAUAACGAGAUCGAAAUUCGCAACUAACUUCGAGACAGUCACGUGGGAAAUUCGGAGGCGAUUACAAAAUGGCUCGAGAACGUAGCGGUUGGCCACAUGCCUUCCCUCGCAUAUGAUGGAUCGGCGAUAGCAUCGUGAUGAUUUGCAUCAAGGACAGAUAUUCUCGAAGAGGAUCGACACGACAGUCAUGGAAGAGAGCCUCGAGGACAAUUUGCUGGACGACGGGGACGAGCUGACGGCGCAGACGGCGCUCGAGGAGAUCGAGAACGCCUGGGUGAACGAGCGAUUCGCGCCGGAGAUCCUGCCGCAUCAGGCCGACCUGGUUGACUGCAUGCUGCAGCAGAUCGCGCACAUGGAGGAGAACAUCAAGAGGUUAGACAAGAACGAUCUGCGGGCGCUGGUCCACCGGAUGGAGCUCGAUCGGAUCAGGUACGUGAUCAGUAGCUAUCUGCGCACACGCCUGGAGAAGAUCGAGCGGUACACGAUCCACAUCCUGUCGGAGGAGGAGAACCGGAGCCCGGAGGAGGCCUACCUGACACCGGGCGAGCUGCACUUCGCCAAGGAGUACCUGGCCAAUCUCGAGACGCUCUUCAAGACGGUGGCGUUGCAGCACAUGCCGCCCAACUUUCAGCGAUUCGAGGCCAACAGGUUUACCGUCAAGCCGAAUAUGCAGGCGCACGUGUUCCUGCGCGCCAAUCGGAAGGUCACCGGGAUAGUUCUGCCCGGCAUGCUGAACGAGGAGAUAGACUUCGAGGAAGGUUCGCAGCAUAUCAUUCAGUACGGUGCCGUAGCGCACCUUGUCAAGUCUGGCGUGGUGCAGUUGAUUUGAUACUCUUAUGCUCACUUUCACCAACGUCGUUUCACUUUGAUCUUAGUUUAAUCCAGUCGCCUUAGGUCCGGUUUCACCAACGUUGUUUAACUUUACGCUUAGCUUAAUUCGUCCUUUGUCUCUUUAAAACUGUUUCCUUCGUAAGAGACAAACUAAGCUUAAAGUCAAGCGACGUUGGUGAAACCUCUAGAAAGAGACAAAAGAUGAUUUAAACAAAGAUCAAAGUUAAACGAUGUUGGUGAAAAUCAGUGAAAGUCGGGACCAGAGGGAUUUAUUCGAGGAAAGAAUGUAGUCAAGAGAGAAGGGUUGUGACCUUUAUCGCGUAACAGUGUAUAAUUUUAUUCAUAUAUCUCGUACAAAAUCUCAAAUCAGCAUUAAUUAAAAGCUUGCUUUCAGCUUCAUUAUUAUAGUCUAAUAUCAAAAUUGAUAUCGUUCGAGUGUUGGAGAGUAAUGUAUCAUUAUCUUUCUUGUUUCCCGUACAAAAGUUUAACAUUGUAUAGUAUUGCAAUAAAAAAGCUCGAUUGCAACAAGUA